AUGCGUCUUGUCAACCCGUCAUCCUCACCCCUUCUUUUACGCGGCGACGCAGAGCGCUGUCCAUGGUCCUGCUCUUGUUUGAACAGCACAGCGACUGUGUCCUGUCUUGACUCGCAAGAGACUGAUGUGCCUCAAGAUUUGCCAUAUUGGGUUAACACUUUAAUUCUAAGGGGCAGCAACGUCUCCACUUUACGGGAAUGCGCCUUUUCUCCCAACGGCACCGACUUGGAGAUAGUCACGUUGCUUCUGACCCACAACAACAUUCAAACGAUCGAACCGUAUGCAUUUUUGGGGCUACCUCGUCUCAGGAUGCUGGAUUUAAGUCACAACCGACUAGUUGCUGUAUCCGAAAUGGCUUUUUACGGGCUGGAGGAACUGCGCUACUUGCACCUGAAUGACACCCUCACAGCUUUUGGCGCCGGGCAGCUGUCCCGCGCACUCUCCACGGAAAGCCUGCGCAACCUCCACAGACUGGAGCUGUCAGGGAACAAACUGACAAUCGUUCCCUUGGUAAGGCUCGACGUGCUCGAUUUACACACACUUGUGCUUACCAACAAUUCCAUAGAGGCCAUAGACAAAGAGAACAUCACGAGUUUCAGUGAGUUUAGGAAGCUGCGCGUCUUUCUGGCGCAGAAUCCAUUUCGAUGUACCUGUGACAUCGAGACAUUUUACCACUGGUUGAGAAACUCGUCUCAGUGCGGAGACGCGCACUACCUAUUGUGCUCUCAGCCCGACGGGAAGAGGGGGAUCCCGGUGGAAAGACUUCGCCACGAGGACGUGGACUGCCGAACCGCGGAGUUGGAAGCUGUGUCUUACGUCUUUCUUGGCAUUGUGCUGGCCCUGAUAGGAGUGGUGUUCCUGAUGGUGUUGUACUUGAACAGAGGGGGUAUCAAGAGAUGGCUAAACAACAUCCACGAGGCGUGCCGUGACCAAAUGGAGGUGUACCAUUAUCGCUAUGAACAGGAUUCGGACCCUCGGCUAGCCAACGUGGCGGUUUGA